AGUGCAGUUGCCUAGCAACAGAAGUUUCCUUGCGUCUGUUUUUUGUUUUUUGAAGAGCAAUUGGUUAUCGCUUUGGGUUUGUGGUCUCAAUACAUAUGCAAUUGAACAGUUUUUUCUUUCACUUUUCAUAAAUUUGUAGUGUACCUACCUCCUACUAUUUCAUUUCAAAAUUUUUGAAUGGUCAGUUUUCAUGCAAUUAUAGCAAUUGUACAUUCAUUUGGUAGGUUAGGCAAUAUUGAUAUAAGUCAUAUAACCAACUAUUGGUAGGCUGAAAGUUGAGUGAACGGCAGUGGGAGCCAACCGCCACCCGUCACCAUGCUGAGAAGCCUGCGGUGCCUGUGUCGUCCUCAGCCCACCAUCGGCCAUGUGCGCCCCAUGUCCCAGUACCCGCCUACGUUCCGGGAGCCAACUCUACCGCCAGAACAGACGGAGGAGACCCGUGAGCAGCUGACCUUUUCACCGAUCAAAGCCGCGCCCAGUGACCUGACCUCGUCGGCAUUUGAUCAUCCGGCCGUCAAAAAAUUCACCAACAUUAUCAUGAAGGGAGGGGACAAGAACCUGGCGCAGAUCCUGAUGGCAAAG